GGACUCUUUGUCAAGCCCUCCUUUUUUACUCUCUCUACUCUGUUGGUAGUACUUGCUGAACGCUUUCUCAAAAUUUCUUAUGGCCCGCGCGGCUUCUGUCUCUGCCUCCUUAUAUUGCGCAGCCCAUCUGGUUAAUGCGACCUUGAUCUUCGCAAACCGUGGACGUGUGGGCCCAUUCUCUGUCGGCAUUGGAGCGGCCAUAUGCGGUACAAGAUCCCAAGUCGCUCGCUACUGGUAUAAGCAGCAAAUCACACGAGGCACGUCAAGACCGAUCCUCGAGAUGAGGGAAUAAAGGAAACAACGCGAGGGCCCGCUUGGCAAUGCUCCUUUGGGAACAAAGGCGGAGCACAUGACGG